AUGGAAUCACUGGUCUAUUAUUUGCUCCGCAAGACAAAAGGGUUCUCAAUUGAGGGACAUCUUGUUGUUCAGAGCCUUGUAGAGAUCAGAUUGUUUUUGGAGAAAAUUCGGCCAAUUGACAAGAAAUUACAAUACCAAAUUCAGAAGCUCACAAGGGUUACAGGAAGUGCAGCAGAUAAAGGAGGCUUGAGUGAUAAAGAAGGUGAUGCAACUCAAAAGAUGAAGAGAACAUUGCAAAACAACUUUAACCCUUUAGGGCCUAAAGGUGCUAAAGCCAUAUACAAAUUGUGUUGCAGGUUUUGCAUUUUUCUUGUUGCUACUUUGUAUUAUAUAAUACACCAGUAA